AUGCACGGAAAGAAAAAAAACACCUCAUUUGACAUUUUACCUCCGCCAUUGGAGAGAAUAAGCAAACCAGAUAAGAAAAAUACGAAGGAGGAUGAAAAGAAUAAUCUGAGUAAUCAAUUGAACUUGAAUUUGUCCAAAACAAACAAUCACACUAAAACUAAAGCCAAUAAACAAGAGGACACAUUUCAAAAAGAUGAAAUGGAUAACAUGAACAAGAAAAUAAAAAAUAAUACAAAUUACAUAUCGGAAAAAUAUAGCAACGUUAUUUUAAAUAGUGAAGAGAUUAGUUCCAUCAUGAACAGUAAUUCCGAUUUUAAAUCUCUCAUCGAGAAUGACAAGGUGUCAGCUUUUAUGAACGACUACUUAGCAAAUCCAUUGGUUGCCAUAAGCAAAUAUCACAAAGAUGAAACAAUUUCUAAAUUCCUUGAUUCCCUAUUUCAGUACAUGAAUGCAAAGAGCACCAACAUUCAUUUAAACAAUUUAGAGGAUCACUUUACCGUUUCAAGGAGCUAA